CCUGGAGUUUGAGUGACUUGACGAGGAUGUGGUAGAGUCGUCGGAGUUUGUACGGACACAAGCCGAUUGAAGAUUGAGCUUGUGUCCAUUGUUAAUGAGUGAACGGUCAGAGGAAUCUCUGAAGGCGUUAUGAUAGGAUGAUUUCAUUUCCCAAAUAUUACGAAAUCGAAGUUCUGUGGAACACCUAUUGAAGUGGUUCCGCUAUCUGUGUUUUCAGCGAACCAGGGACACGAUUGUUGCCAUUUAACAUCUGAGUUUGUACCGAUGGUGUUGGCGACUUGGCUCGAGAACAAAGCUUGUUUAAUUGCUGGUACCUACUGAUUGUUCUUACAGAUCUAGGAGCCUUGCGUCUUACUGCAGAUAUGUAAAAAUGGCUCGUUUGGGAUCCUUCGUUGCUGUACUGGUCCUCGUGUGUGCGGCGAGUUUCGUCAAUGUAGCUGAUUCGGCCGGGCUAGUAAACAACUUUUACAGAAAAUCAUGCCCCAAUGCUGAGAAAAUCAUCCGCGACAGCAUUUACAGAAUGUACGAGAAAAAAGGAAACAUCGCCACUUCCUUCAUUCGAUUCGGCUUCCACGACUUCUUUAAUGGCGCCGACGCGUCUUUCUUUCUCCUGUCAGCUCCAGGCAAAACUUCGGAGAAAGACUCUCACUCGAUGGUAGGCAUGAGGAACGAGAAAUAUGUCAAUAACAUCAAGGCCGAAGUUGAGAAAGUAUGCCCAGGAGUCGUGUCUUGCGCUGACAUUCUCGCAGUUGGCUCAGCUGCCGCUGUGCAAGUGUUAGGAGGACCUUACAUCCACGUGAAGACUGGACGAAAGGACACCCGCAACAGCAUGAAGUCAUCCGCAGAUACGAUCCCCCGCCCCCAGGACGGUGUCACCAAGGUCUUGACAUUCUAUAAGAACAUUGGGAUCAACCCUCGAGAGGCGGUCGCUCUUAUGGGAGCUCACACUAUCGGAAGAGCCCACUGCACAAGUUUCAUUGAACGUAUUUUCCCUAAGGUAGACCCCAAGAUGGACCCGGUAUUCGCCGAGAAGCUGAAGCGUAGAUGCCCUGCCAAACCUACAAGUGUCCAUUUCACGUACUUCCGCAACGAUGAGCCGUCUCCGAUGGCGUUCGACAACAACUACUUCAAGAACCUUGUAACCAAGCAAGGCUUGAUGGGGAUCGACUCCGCUCUCUAUUGGGACGGAAGAACCCAAAAAUACGUCAUUGAAUUUAGUCAAAAUGAAGCUGCCUGGAGAGAAGUCUUCACGGUAGCAUUCAAGAAGCUGAGCGAGUACAAGGUUCUCACAGGCAGGCAGGGCGAAAUCCGCAAGAGGUGUAUGUAUGUUAAUUAAAUUUCACUGCGUGCUAGGAUAUGGUUUCAAUGAAAGGAGGACUUGGAGAGCAGUGAUCGCCAGCCCACUUGGCUCCUCCUCAAAUUUGUGCAGAAACCGGGUCCCGACAGGUCUGCUGGUUUCUUGUGAAGGAUGAGAGGAUUGUCUCUGACUUUAGCCCGUAGUAGGCACGACCUGGCUAAUUAUACCCUCUCUGCUCCCUCCCAUUUUCGCAAGUGACGUCUAAUUCGGUGUUAGAACCUAGGUUUCUUGCCUAUAUUAGGCAAUGAAAAAUAGGCAGUGACAGAAUUUGUUACCGAUCGAAUAAUCGCAAAGCCAGGCACCUGAUGAUGCCUUCCAUCUCAAAGUGUGUUUUAAUCGAAAGAGCUGAUGUUGUGGAUUGCAGUCCAUUUACAUCUACAAAGCAAAGUCGACAAUUCAUUUUAUUUCCGUUCAAGCCA